CUAGCUACCUCUCUAGCAGUCUACUCUAGCUCAUCACUUCUUCAGUUCCUUCAGCUGAAGCGCUUCGCCUUUGGGAGAAGAUCGAGAAGAAUGGAGGGGAAGAAGAGCAGGGUUGCGUGCUGCGUGCUCAUGUUGCUGGUGCUGUCAGCCCAGCAGCAGCAGGUGACGGGCCUGUCCAAGUUCUGCCGCUGUUACCGGAACUGCUACACCGAAUGCAGGAAGACCACCGGGCGCUACCCCUGCAACGCCAACUGCUUUCAGGACUGCGUCAACCGGAUGCUGCCGCCGGCUCCGGCGAAUACGGUCCCCGCCGACUGCCGCCACAUCUGCCUCAUGGGCUUCUGCGGCUCCAUGCAGAUCGCUGACGCCAUGGCUGGGGAUGCCGAGGCGUGUGUGGCUGACUGCACCAAGAACCUCGGUGCCUUUGCACCAACUGCAGCCAAGAUCAACAACAACUGAUGCAUGCAUGCAUGCAUCUGACUGGCUUAACUGAGAGCUGAGAGUAACAGAUAGAGAGAGUUCCAUGCAUGAGCGUAAUGCAAUAAUUGGAUGUUUAAUUAAUUAAGCGUGAUAUUUACAGUAAUAUAUAGUAACAAAUUUCAAAAAAUAACACUCUGUUAUAUUUUUAGUAAAUGGUUGUAUUAAUAAUUGUUGCAUUGGCUCGCUACUAAACAUUGUGUUGAGCUUUACCGAUGCAAUAAUUGUUGGUUCUAUAAAGGAUCUUCUGAUUUUAUCAAUUGCUUUGAUCACCCAUUUAGGCACAUUCUCAUAGCUAUCAGUAGAUAAACCGGGAUGUCUGAUAAGACAGAAACAAACCAUGGUAGCCGAUCUGCUAUUUUUUCAACCCAUGUCAGCAGGUAAGUAACUAGGGAAUUCAGAAGUAGGGCACUGGAGAGUGUCUCCCACCAGGCCCAAGUCUGGAGAAAAACAAAUUAGUGUGUAUGAAUCAA